GUAAGGAAGGAGAGGCAAGUACUACUGGAUCUCGGGCCUCAAUGAAAGUGAGCCCUGAUCGCGGUUACUUUCACGCCGCACAAUUACCUGCGCAACCAACAUGGUGUUAUUAUCGCCCCUGAAAAGGCACAGUCCCGCGCCAACCAACGCAAUCUCGGCCCCCAAUGAAAGUACCAACAACGAUCGACUCGUCACAACGGUGACACGAAAGAGGGCCAAACACACCCGCACUCGCCUUGGCUGCGGGACUUGUCGAUUUCGCCAUGUGAGAUGUAGCAUGGAACGGCCUGCAUGCCUACGAUGUAGCUCUACAGGAAGAGUCUGCGACUUCAUUGUAGACUCAAACAAUGAGCGACGCGAUUCACUGUUAGCAAAGAGCGCAUACGUAUCAAUUACGCCCCGGCCGAACCCUAAUGAUGCCAUCUACCAAACAGCCCCGCAAACUGGCCGCUGGAUCAUUUUUUAUCAAGGCCACUCGGCUCCAGAGUUUGCUGGAUACUUCGACGUUGAGUUCUGGAGCACCACCAUCUUGCAGCUCAGCUAUCGAGAACAGUGUGUCCAUCAAAUGCUCGUUGCAAUUGGUUCCCUCCACGAGUGUCUGAAGUCUGGCUUAGUCCAACACUCAGAGCCGAAUGCCGUCAAUCUGUACAAAGUCGCCGAAGCAGAGUAUACGAGAGCUGUCAGUCUUCUCAAUACGCACAUGACCCAUCGAGGAUGGUCAGCUCUCGAGGUAACACUCGUGUGCUCUAUUCUAGGUAUCAUGUUUGAGUGGCUACGGGGUGGCUAUCAGGAUGCUGUUCGACAUCUCACAAGCAGCUUCAAAAUCCUAUCAACAUGGUUAUCCCACAACGCACCGUCAUCAACUACCACCUCCUUUGGGUCACCAGGCGGCCAUCUGAUACGGAGUCAAAUAAAGCCAAUCUUCCAUAUUUUGGUUGUGCAAUCAAGAAUGUUACCGAUACCACCAAGUGUUCCGCCUAGGGUAGUCCAAACACCGGAGCAAACCCUGCCCGAGUUUGCUAACGUCGCACACGCUCGAAAUGUUCAGCUCGACAUCUUGACAUAUGUCCUCGUGGUCUCGCCAAAAAGCGCAGGAACCAAAGAAAGAACCCCCCCGAUCGUAGCCGGACCUUUACGCCAAUGGUCCGACAACUUUGCACACUUCCUCUCACAACAGCCUCACCUGGCCUCCGAUCCCCGCGUAAAGAUACUCAAAGUAUGGCGCAUAGUUACAGAGCUGAUCUCUCUGUCACAUUUCUCUUCGGAUGAGGGCUCACCGCAUGAGCUGGUUAUGCAACUCUCUACCUUCCUGGAUGACAUUGAGAACAGGAAGAUAUCAAUCGACAUAGGAGCGGUUGCGCUCUUCUUUUACACCGCUGCUUACUGUCGUCAUUUCGAAAUCCACAGUCGAGUCAUUGCUUUACUGAAGUCGGCAGGUGGGCCUUGGGGACAUCACGUUGCUACCAAAGCUUAACAAGAGUACUCUAGAAUAGAGGAUAACAACUUGGGACCUGGAACUUCUUGAGUUAGUUCCUGCAUUAAACCCCCCAGAUGAUAGACCUAAAUCAAGAUAUUGCAUCUGUUCAAGUAAUUCGUAUUGUAUUUGACCUUUCCAAUAUGGACAAUUG